GAGCCUGUCGUUUUUCCAGUCAGUCGGCACCGGUAGCUUCUCCCUUGUGCACCUCUCUCUAUUUCUGUCUUCUCUCCGUUUCGACACAGCACAGUAUACAAGUGAUCGCUCAUGCGAAGCUCGUUGCCGAAGACUCUGUUGACAGAAGUAUCAGUGCCGGUUCCAGUAGACAGUGUUGUCGAGUCGCUGACUCCAGUCGGCCUCGUUGUUAUUGACUCGAAGCACGGAGUGCAGGUGAUUAACCUAGAGUGAAUUUGUCGAAGACCGCGACUACUUCAAGAUGAUGAGUUCGCAUCAGCAACACCCGGCCUUGGGCCUCUUUUCCGGCAUGGACCUUCAUCGCAUGGACAUGGCAGCCGCCGCUGCAGCGGCCCAGGAGCAACAGUCCGCUGCCGCUGCACACCACCACCACCACCAUCAGCAGCAGCAGCAGCAGCAACAUCAUCAUUCCCACCAUCACCAUCACCAGGCGCAAAGUGUCGCCUCGCCCCAGGAGCAACACAUCAAACGGCCGAUGAACGCCUUCAUGGUCUGGUCUCGUAUCCAGCGCAAGAAGAUCGCCCUGGACAACCCGAAGAUGCACAACAGCGAGAUCUCCAAGCGCCUCGGCGCUGAGUGGAAACUCCUGAGCGAGGGCCAGAAGCAGCCGUUUAUCGACGAGGCCAAACGGCUCCGGGCGAAGCACAUGAAGGAACACCCGGACUACAAGUACAGGCCGCGCAGGAAGCCCAAGGUGCCCGUCUCCGCGAUCCCGGGCGGCAAGAAUCAGUCGAUGGGCGCAAGUUUUCCCAGCUUCACGCUGCCGUACUUCGGCUCGCCGGCUGGACCGGUAUCCCACCAUCAUCCCCAUCCGCUGGACUACCCGCCACUGCCGGGCUACUUCGGCUCGGCCUUCGACGCGGUGCACCUGGGCAAACUGGUCUCAAACACCCAGAGCCAGCAGACCUCGACGACAGCCGCCGACGUAGCCAACAACAACGCGGCCUCCGCCGCGGCUGUCGUCAGUAGCUUCUACUCCAGCCUCUACAAUCCGGCUGCCCAGCAGAACAAGGUCUCGCCUUACGGGGCCGCGACGACGAUGGGCUCGCUCUUUCCCGGAGCUGCCCACCACCACAUGACCUCGUCCAUGAUGUUCCCGGGCUCCCAGCUGACAGCGUCACAGAUGACGCACAGCAGCAGCAGUCCCAGCAGUAGUCCAGGAUCGACGCCGGUAUCAUUGUCCCACGGAUCGUCCACCUCACCCACUGCACCAAGCCUCGACCUCGACCAACUGAGGCGACCCCUCAGCGUUAUAUACUAGAGAAGCGAGUAGGACAGAAUAUAUAUUUUUGUAUUUUCACUUUUAGUUAACGUUCGGUCAGUUUAGUUACACUUUUGUUUAUUUUAUUUACUCCGCGCGAUUUUUUACGUUUGUUUGACAGUUUAAUUUUUGUGUAAUUGUUUUAAAGUUUGGACUUUCAUCGGUAAUGCGCGAAAUUCGGCUGGAAACGUAUCCGUCGCUUCUGUACACGUACGGAUGCACGCGAGCAAUAUUUACUUACGUUUCCAAGCAUCAUUUUUUAUCUCGCCGCUCGUCUGUGUGUAUAUCGUUACGCCCUGAAAGUGGCUAUGCCCGUUAACUGUGAUUUCGUUGACACGUGUAAACGAAGAGUCGAGGUGGAACUUAAUUAAUUAAUCGAUGUAGAGAGGUAUGGCUCGCGAGCGAAUAUUAUGGAAAAAGGGGGGAAAAAACAAAUUGAGAAUUGUAUAAAGUAUUAUAAUUGUAUAGUGUUGUUACUGUACACGAUGUUUCUAGCCGUAUAAUGCUGCGAUUGUGGACAUUCGCGCAUGUUUGGAUUCGAUUUACCGACGUGAUUAUACAUUUGUAAACAGUAAUUAGGUUGGACAUCGACGAAUUUUAAUUGUAUAACGAGAAAAUUGUAAUAUAUAAACAUAAACAUUUAAAUUUUAUUCGAUUCAUUUUAAAUUGUACAAUAUAAUAUAAUAGCGUGUGUCCCGCGACUCGAAUCUCUUAGGCUCUUCAUACCUCGAUGUGUCUUUAUGUAUCGUAAUAGUAUAUGUAAAUUGAGAGAACGAGAGAAUCCGCGUAGGACAUAAUCUUAGGAAAAUUUGUAAAAUUCAUUGUUUAUUUCACAAGCCGCCGUAGAGACACCACGUGUAAUUCAUUAAAUUUUUGGUUCUUAUUUCCCGCAAACUAAUAAGUAAACAGCGACAAUUUCGUUCGAAUAUUUAAAUAUAGGCGAACACGAAGGCAUGUAUAAGAGAUAGAGCGUAAUACUCAGAAUUGUAAAUAGUAACUAAUAUGAUAUUCAUUGUCGUCUCGAUUGCUCUUGAAUAAGACUAGUCCGUAAGUGAGAGAUCAUCAACGAUCGUCGAUCGACUGUAGCCGAUAAUUUGCCCUGUAAAUUGUACUUGUUAUCAAUAAAUUGUUAUUAUCUAUUCAUACAACGAAA